CUGGCCCCUCCCCGUGGCCCCGCCCUUUCGGGAAGGAGUAAGCGGCGCUGGCCCCGGGCGGGAGGCGGUUCCGAGUCCCGUCCCGGCGUGCGGAGCGGGGCAGCCAGCAGCGGAGGCGCAGCGUACAGCCCACCCGGGGACCAUGGGCUCCAUGUUCCGGAGUGAGGAGGUGGCCCUGGUCCAGCUCUUUCUGCCCACAGCUGCUGCCUACACCUGCGUGAGCCGACUGGGCGAGCUGGGCCUCGUGGAGUUCAGAGACCUCAACGCCUCGGUGAGUGCCUUCCAGAGACGCUUUGUGGUUGAUGUUCGGCGCUGCGAGGAGCUGGAGAAGACCUUCACCUUCCUGCAGGAGGAGGUGAGGCGGGCUGGGCUGGUCCUGCCCCCGCCCGAGGGGAGGCUGCCAGCACCCCCACCCCGGGACCUGCUGCGCAUCCAGGAGGAGACCGAGCGCCUGGCCCAGGAGCUGCGGGAUGUUCGGGGCAACCAGCAGGCCCUGCGGGUCCAGCUGCACCAGCUGCAGCUCCACGCCGCGGUGCUGGGCCAGGGCCACGGCCCCCAGCUGGCAGCCGCCCACACAUACGCGGCCUCAGAGAGGACGCCUCUGCUCCAGGCCCCCGGGGGGCCACACCAGGACCUGAGGGUCAAGUGAGUGAGGGAUGACUUCGUGCCCUUUCUGGUCAGCCCAGAGCCCCUGGCCAGUCGCUGAGCUGGGCUGGGCUGAGCUCCAACUCCUUGUCCAGUGCUCUCCUCUCUGUUCCUGCCGUCAGGCUGCCCCCGCCUCCUCCUUCAGACCUGGCACUUCCCACAAUCCCAAGCCCUGGCCCGGAGGAGCAGGGGGUUCUCCUCUUCUGGCCCUGCCCGGGGUGGGGGGGCUCUUGCCUUCCCCUGCAGGCAGGACCAGUGUGCCCUGUUGCCUGUGCUGAGCAGGGUCCUGCCCGGCAGCCUGGUGGGGAGGUGGAAUGGGAGGUUGCAGCAGCCCCACCCAGCUCCGUGGCCGCCAGCUUUGUGGCAGGUGCCGUGGAGCCCCACAAGGCCCCCGCCCUGGAGCGCCUGCUCUGGAGGGCCUGCCGUGGCUUCCUCAUCGCCAGCUUCAGGGAGCUGGAGCAGCCACUGGAGCACCCCGUGACGGGUGAGCCGGCCACGUGGAU